CUGCUGCCUUCGAGCUCAGAACACUCUGACUCCUCCUGAGAGAGAAGCCACAAGGGUUGAGCUUGAAUCAGCCCACCACUGCCUUACCGAAGCUACACUCUAGCUUUCCACUCGACGAGACCAGGAACGAACGACCUGACUCCGAACGGGAUCGACUUGAUCUGACACAAGGGAGAAGACUACGGCUCUGCUGAGGCUGAGGAAGACGGGAGACUUUAGAAGAGCCCAAAGGAGAGAUUUUUAAAAACCUUUUACGAAGCAGAAAAAUAGAAGACGACAAGAUGCUUUCUGGAAUGAGCCUGAGACUACUUGCUGUGCUCUGCUUCAGCUUUUUCAGCUGGGUGGUAGCCCAGGAGUGCAGUGGCCAGUGCCAGUGCCCUAAUACGCCCCCACAGUGUGCCCCAGGUGUAAGCCUGGUGCUGGAUGCCUGCGGAUGCUGCCGGGUGUGUGCCAAGCAGCUGGGAGAGCUGUGCACAGAGAGAGACGUUUGCGACCCUCACAAAGGCCUGUUCUGUGACUACGGUUCCCCAAGCAAUCGACGCAUCGGUGUCUGCACUGCUAGAGAUGGUGCCACCUGUGUGUUCGGAGGGAUGGUGUACCGCAGUGGUGAGUCCUUCCAGAGCAGCUGCAAGUAUCAGUGCACUUGCCUGGAUGGAGCAGUUGGCUGUGUCCCCCUCUGUGGAAUGGAUGUCAGGCUGCCCAGCCCAGACUGCCCUUCGCCACGCAGGGUCAAGGUGCCAGGAAAGUGCUGUGAGGAGUGGGUCUGUGACUCUCCACAGUCCAACACCUUCGUGGGCUCUGCUCUUGCAGCUUACAGAGAGGAAGAGACCUAUGGCCCAGAUCUUUCCAUGAUGCGUGAGAACUGUCUGGUCCAGACCACAGAGUGGAGCGCCUGCUCUAAGACCUGUGGCCUGGGGAUCUCCACUCGUGUCACCAACGACAACCGCGAGUGCCGCCUUGAGAAGCAGUCCCGCCUGUGCAUGGUCCGCCCCUGCGAAUCCCACCUGGAAGAGAGAAUCAGGAAAGGAAAGAAGUGCAUUCGUACCCCAAGAGUCUCCAAGCCCAUGAAGUUCGAGAUCUCGGGCUGCACCACCACCAAGGCCUACCGGCCCAAGUUCUGCGGCGUUUGCACAGAUGGCCGCUGCUGCACCCCCCACCGGACCGCCACUCUGCCCAUGGAGUUCAAGUGCCCUGAUGGCCAGGUCAUGAAGAAGCAGAUGAUGUUCAUCAAGACCUGCGCAUGCCACUACAACUGCCCCGGUGAGAACGACAUCUUCGAGUCCAUGUACUACAAGAAGAUGCUCGGCGACAUGGCGUGAGGUGGAGGAGGGACGGAAAGACAGAAGGAGAAUCCGUCCAGUGACUGUCCAUUUUAAAAUGAAAACAGAUAUCCAUCUCAUAUCUCCGCACAGUACUCUGUCUGUUACUUUUUGGUUUUUGUCCUUUUCAUUUUACACAUGUCCUUUUCUGUGUUUGUUGUAUGUGUUUAUGUGUUUGUGUGUUUUGUUUUGUAUCACUCGAAACUGUAAUGAUGUACCCAUGAUGGUGGAUGCUUAGGGCUCUUUUUUGCCCUAAAGUGAGUAAGCGAUUGUGGGUGGGUUGAAGGGUGGGUAGGGUUAGGGUUUAAUGACAGGGCUUCGUUGGGAUGCCCCUUAAAAAAUAACUGCACUAUAGCCUGACUUGGUGGCACCCCUUGUCACUGAUUGGCCCGACAACGCUGAGGCCCCUUUCCCUAAACUGUGGUGGGCAAAUCCUGACUUGGAGAGUGAGAAUGGUGAAAGGUGAGGAGGGCGGCGGCUUUUUAACCUCAGAACGGGGGCCGAAACGCCUCACCCAACUGAGAGAGAGAGACAUGAAUGUGCUCUUGUAUUCUUGUAUUUAACAGUGCAUCUCAAUGCUGAACAGGAAGCCAGGAGGUGUUCCUGUAGCACUGAGAGUGCCAUAGUUCAACUGACUGACUCCUCUAAGAGAAAGAGUUGUUUUUGUUGUCCAAAAAAAAAAAAGACUGGAUGAUUUGCAGCUUCAUUCCUUUUUUGUUGUUUUAUUUUUUGGGUUGCUUUUGUAACACUGUAGAUAAUGUACAUAUUUUGUACAGUUUAAGUUAAUUUAAAUUUAAAAACGUGUCUGUUUUUUUCACUAUGUGUUAUGAUGAUAGCUUGUUUUGCUGACUUGACUGUGCUUGUUGCAGUUUGUGUACUAUUUUAUUGAGAAGUGUGACCAAAAAGUUACAUGUUUUGAACUUUUGUAGUUUGGAAUAAAAUAUUAUAUUUUUUAUAUAAA